UCCGCGCAUCAUGUGAUCGAGUCAACAUUUGUGGCGUAGUAAUAUUCAGUAAAAUAGGAGGCAAGGGGAGGUUUUAUAGGCAUAAGAAAAUGUAAAAGGAGAAACCAUUUACGAUGUUCUCAGUAUCAAGACUUAAUUACAGCCAGGUAUCUGCAGUUAAACCACAGUCUGUUGCUGAACCAUCUUCAUUUUUUCAGGGUUGCAAGUCAUCUGUAGGAACUGGAAGUUUAGGAAAUGCCAUAAAAAACAAAAAUGCAGAUAUUUUUCAAAAUGUAACUCCUAUAUUUCAGAAAGAGAAUACAGAAUCAGCCAGUCAUCUAUAUUCUAAACUGUACAAAGAAGCAGAAAAGAUAAAAAAAUGGAAAGUCUCGACUGAUUUUGACAUACACCUAAAGGAGAAACAGUUAUCAGAGUACAGAAGAACAACUGAAGCUCAACGGAAAGCCAUCCAAGAAUUGCAACUGGAAAAUGAAAAACUAAGCUUGAGACUAGAGGAUGAAUAUAAUGAAAAUCAAGGUCUGUUAAACCAGAGCAAUGCUACAAGGCAUGUUUGUGAUCUACUAAGAGAUACAUGCACUCGAGCUGUAGAAAAAGCAAACUUGUAUGAGAAUGAAAGAGAAAAUACCAUGGGGCUAUAUGGAGAUCUUAGUAUUAUUAUAGAGCGAAUGGUAACAGCUUUUGAAGAACUUUGUGUACAAGCUGAGAAGUCAAGAAAUGAACUGCAUAUUCAAAUAAGGCAAGAACAUGAAAAAGAAGAGCUUUUGGAUGCAGAAUACAAUGUGAAACUCAAUGAAAGUAAACAGCAGAUUUCAGAACUUAAGCAAGAGAAAGAAGAAAAGGAUAUUGAAAUGUCAGACUUAAAGGUCCAGCUGCUUGAAUCUUCAAAGAGAAUCGGGGAAUUAGAAGACACAUCAAGGAAUUAUCAAAUUGAACUUGAUAAAUCAAACAGUAAAUCACAGAAGUUACAAGAUCUCCUGGAAGAAGCUAAAGGGUCCUUAGGGAAUAUCAAGGAUAUCCAGACAACAACUCAAAAUGAAUUACAAAAUGCACAAAAUUUACUCAUCUGUACAAACAAUGAAAUAAAGUCAAAAAUCCAUGAACUAGAAGCAGUCAAAGUACAGCAUGCACUGCAAUUAUCAGAUCUUCAGCAUAAUAUUAACAUGUUAAAAGAAACCCUAACAACAGAGCAAAAAAGGUUUAUAGAGAGGGAAAAUUCCUUACAAAAUAUUAUGUUGAAGGACCAAGAAACCACCCUGGUACCUGAAGAAAGUGUCAAAAUAAAAGAGGGUACUGUAGAGCUCCAUAACAUGGUGGAUCAAAUCAACAGACAGACACUGGAGUGCAUCAGUGUUAAGUCCCUGAUUGAAGAGUUAAUUGAUAUUCAAAAACAUCUUCAGAACUUACUGAAAAUCAGAGAGAAAGAAGUUACUGAUUUAAAAAAAGACCAUAACAUAUUAUCUGAAGAUAGAGAAUGUUUUUCCAAAAGGAUUUUAGAAUUAGAGGCAGAGAUUGACAAAAAAGAAUUAAAACAUGCCGAUCUCCUGAAAGACUACAAAACACUUUUGUCAGAAAAAGAGAAAAUUGUGAGAGAAAAUGAUGUUAUAGCUAGAGAAUUACAAAGUGCUCAAAGAGAACUCCAGGUUGGUAAACAUUAUGAAGAACAAGAAAAAAAGAAAAAUGAAAAUAUGGAGCAAAUUAAUAUUCAAUUAAGGAAUGAAAUAACAUUAUUAAAUGAGCAACUGGAACUGAAAAAUGAAGAGAUUAAAAAUCAAACCAAUAUGUGUAGUAUGGAGAUCAUUGCUUUAAGGAAAGAAGAUGAAAAGAGAAACAAGUCAAUUCAGGAUUUGGUGAUGGAAAAUAAAUCUCUGCAAAAGAAAUUAGUUAGAGAAAGCAAGAUAAGUAAAACUCUGAAAACAGAGGUGAACGAGUUACAUGAGCAGCUCAAUGAAACAAGAAUGCGUAAUGAAGAGAUUAUCUCCAGUAAGCAAAAUGAGAUCGAGGACGCAAACCAAAGACAACAAAUUCUUUCUAAUGAGAUUGAUAAUUUAAAGAUAGCAGCUGAAGAGUCAUUGAAAUUACAACAGGAUACCGAUAUUCGUUGUCAGCACAAGAUUGCUGAAAUAGUGGCAUUGAUGGAAAAACAUAAGCACCAGUAUAAUAUAACAGUUGAAGAAAAGGACAGUAAAUUAAAUCAGUUUGGAAUAAGAGAACAAGAAUUCAUGUCUACAAAGACUUAUCUGGAAACUGUUCUAUCUAAUACAAAGGAUGAAGUAAUUUAUCUUAAAGAACAACUUAAGCAACAAAUAGAAGACAAGACACUUAUUGCACAAGAAACCAAGUUUUCCAUGAGAAAAGAAAUGAAGAACAAGAAAGUGCAGGCUUCUUUAAUGGACACUCCACACCAAAAAGCCCAAAGAAUAGAUUUACAGUCACAUAUGAUUCCUUUUGAUGAGGAAAAACAGCCAUUCAGCAAGGAUGCAAAAAUAAGGACACUAGCGAGGAAUUAUAUGCAACCAUCUCAACAGAACUAUACUGGAAGGUCUUCACUGAGCAUAAAGGAGCCAUGUGAAAAUAAGAAAACACCUUUGGUUGACUCAACAAAGAAAAAAAGAAAAGCUACUUUAGCAUAUGACUUUUAUUGUGACAGUUCAGGAAGCACAGAUAUUCUGAACUAUACUGGACUGUCUCCUUCACUGAGCACAAAGAAGCAACAUGAAAAUAAGAAAACACCUUUGGUUGACUCAACAAAAGAGAAAAGAAAAGCUGCUAUAGCAUAUCACUUUCAUUCUGACAGUUCAGAGCGUGCAGAUAUUCUGGAAAUAUGUGAAGAUGAAGAAGAAUUAAAGAAGUUAUUCCAAAUGUACCCCAGAACCACCAAAGUCACUCGAAAGGAGACUACUGGAGCAAUAUUCAAAUCUCCUGGUCCAGUCCUCAAAACUGCUGCUAUGAAAAAGAUGAGAGAAGCUGGUUGGACUGCUGUGACUAAAGUGAACAAAAGAAAAAAAAUGAAAGCAGCAGAAAAGUUAUUCUGCUGAGAUAGUUAAAUGUAAACCUUUCUUUUUACAUGUCUACACUGUAAGGUACAGCUACUACAAAUACCUCUUCAAUACCAAAGGAUAUGUAAAACUUAAAAACAAAUUAAAGUAAAAUUGCACAGAUUACUCUUCUAAGCACUUUUUAACUUUACAUUCAUUAUUUUUUCUUAUACCCUUUCAAGAUAUUAGACAUUUUAGACAAUGUAAAACUGCUAAUAAAGUGAAUUUUGUAACAACAGCACCAUCUGUUGGUCAUUUUGACUGGCUGUCAGGAUAAAACAUUAGGCUAUCAGACCAGACGCAUGGCGUAUAUUUUCGGCAAGCUGAAAAAUGCUUGCUGAAAAUACCGCCAUACGCCUCCUACUUGUGCCUGUACCUGAAUGAGAUACGCUCGGGUGCAGACACAUGUAGACGAUAUCUGCAUAAAAACGUGAGAGCAAAUGCAAAUUCUCACGUUUUUAUGCGUAUUUUGGCUACAUGUGCCUGCACCCGAGCGUAUCUCAUUUAUUCGAGUGCAGGCACAGGUAGGAGUGUAUGGCGCAUAUUUUCGGCAAGCGAUUUCCUCUUGACGAAAAUAUACGCCAUACACCAUGUGUGGCCUCAGCCUUAACUGAGAAAAGUAAGGUGUUGUGAUGUUGCUUUAUUAAGUGAGAUUAGUGUGAUGUUAGUAUUACUAGUUAGUAUUACGCAGAGCAACAGCAUAAUGUUAAUAGCAAAACUGCUUAGAAGACUGCUCUGAACAAUUGUAUGUUUAUUUGUUUUUAGGGUUUACAUACUGAUAAUGCAACGUUGCUGUAUAACUCUUCAAACGGAUGGUAAGGGCUGUGGCACACGUAGAGAUUAGUCGCCCGCGACAAAUCUCCCUUGUUGUGGGCGACUAAUCUCCCUGAAAUGUCAUCCCACCGUUGAGAAAUAAAAUCGCCAGUGGGAUGGCAUAUGCGGCGCCGCGAUUUCCCCAAAAUCGCAGAAGUUUCCUCUCAAGGCAACAAGGCCGCGUAUGCCAUCCCACCGGCGAUUUACAUUCUCGCCGGUGGGAUGGCAUUUUGGGGAGAUUAGUCUCCCGCGACAAGGGAGAUUAGACGCGGGCGACUAAUUUCUCCCUGAGCCAACGCCCUAAAACUUUGCUUCUCUCAAAGCGAUUCUGACAUGGUGUAAACAUUUUUUUUUCUGGCCAUGUUAUAUACUUACAUGAUACCUUCUGAAACGCUGUAAAAAAAAUUCCCACGGUCCAGCUGCUCCUCCGUCGGCACCUUCUGAAUGUGAGUCCCACGACGCCGCCAUGUUCUUUCUUCCCUUCCGGCUUGCUGGAACGCCGCCCCUACAAUAAAAAAAAACGCUCACCUUUCAACCAAUCGGCGACGGUCCAGCGUUGCCCUCUCUAGCUUCAGUGCGCGAUGACGUCAUCGGAUACGUCAUCGCGCACGCCGGCGCUUAGCAACAAGUGCACCGAUGCUUCUAGGCUAUUCCUAAGCCUGUUUGACUGCGGGAGGGAGGGAGGGAGAGAGAGAGACAGAGCAGCACACAAUCAGGACGGUAGAAUAAGAUAAGUCAGAGGCAGUAUACUCACAGGCAGUCAGCACUCGGCAGUCUCCAGUCUCCAGUCUUGAGAGAAGACACCAAGAUCACGGCAGGGUCACAUGAUUGAUGACGCUUCUCAAAGUAAGGGAAAAGGAAAGGAGGAGGAUCUUUGUGAGACUGACGUCAGCCUUGCUCCUGCUUUGACUGACAGGCUUAACAGAGACAGUCGGGUUUGGCUCACAGUCGGGUCCUGGAUCUUAAGAAGCGUUUAUUAAGAAAACAAGCGCUUUCCAUAGAAAAUGGUCAACAUGUGUAAUAGGUCAUUUUGGAGGUAGAAUCAUAUAAUUAAAUGUUUUAUUUUACUGUCAGUAUCCCUUUAAAUUGUACAAAACUGAUAACGUGGUGGGCAGGUGAAUUACAUUGAGGAAACAAUAUUGCAGCACCUCUCCCAACUGUGCAUCCAAAAUACUGUUUCCUAAUAAUAUCUGGGUUUUUUUCUUCUUGUGCAAGAGAGGAACUUAAUACAUUACCCUAUACUGCCACUCUAAAGGCCAAGGGCACAUACUUAAUGAUCAAACCACCUGCUCCUGGAACAGAAAGCUUCCCAUUGGCAUCCAAGUUUUCACUGUGUCUGUGAUUAUUUCCCAGAAACAUGGUUUUAUGGGGUUAUGCACCUGUGCCAUAAACCCAAUUUACUAUGCUUAUUUAGAACAUAAGUGGACACUGCCCCUUUAAUACCCAAUUAAUAUAGAUUGGGCACUAUUAAAUGUGUAAAUUUGCAGCACAAGCAGUUUUCACAUUCAUUUUAUUCUCGUUUUUUUACACAAACUUUAUUUUACUUUAUUAAACUAUAUAUUUUACAGGUGAUUUAAGGCCUCAUUUACAUUAAGUAUGGGUGAUAGCGCAAAGUGCAAAAAAUAGCCAGAAACUGCAGCGGUCAUUGUUCUUUUCACUUUGCCCAGCACCCAUAGCCACAGAUCUUUCCACAGAAUGGAUCACACACCUGGGCUUCUCCCUUCAAUGCUGUACUGCCUGUAUUGUAUUCAGACUGGGUGCUCCAGUGAUAGCUGUCUAUUUUUCCAGAGUAGAGCAAAUCAGUACUCUUUGUAAUGUGCAUUCAUCAUUUUUUCCAUGCUGUUUUAUAAAAUUAGCCGCUUCUUUCAAAAGUUGGUUAAACAAGAGGAGCUGUGAUCCACUGGCUUUUAGGCUGAUGCCACACCAGGCGUAGGGCUGAUUUUUUCGGCAAGCG